AUGUUCCAAAGGUCGUGUUGUGCUAUUGGGCGGCGCCGCUCACUGCCUAGCAGUCGUGUCCGGACAGGGCGCCGGUAUGGCGCUUCCUUCAGCUGA